GUUGCAGCAGCUAAAGCAGAUGCAGCACAUAACCGUCGUCAUUACAGAGCUGCUGCUCUCGAGCUCAACGAAAUCAAGAAGGAGCUGCAUGCCAAAGAACUGCUUGUCCAAGCCCUUCAGGCUGAAGUGGACAAACUGCAGGUAGAGGAUGAGAAACAUUCCCAGGAAGUAUCACAGUUUCAGGAAGAGUUGGCAGAGGCCAGGUCUCAGCUCCAACUUCUGCAGAAGAGCCUGGAUGAGAAGCUUAGUGAACAGCCAGGAGUAAACCAAGAGGUGGAAGACCUCAAGUGGGAAGUAGAACAAAAAGAAAGAGAAAUUGAAGCACUUAAGCAGCAGUUGGAUAUGAGUGAACAGCGCAGCCAUAAGGAGCUGGAAGGGACACAAGUUGUCCUGCAGAAUAUCAAGACCGAGUUGGAAAUGGUGAGAGAAGACUUGUCAGUAACUCAGAAAGACAAGUUUAUGCUCCAGGCUAAAGUGAGUGAACUGAAGAACAGUAUGAAGUCCCUACUGCAGCAGAACCAGCAACUGAAGUUGGACCUGAAGCAUGGCAAGAUGAAGAAGAGGAAGGAACUGAAGGGAGAGAAUAACUCUUCAAAUCCUGUGACUCCAGUGAAGAUUCCAGAUUGUCCUGUCCCUGCUGCCUUGCUGGAAGAAUUGUUAAAGCCAUCGUCAGCUAUGAGCAAGGAGCCUUUAAAAAAUCUGAACAGCUGUCUCCAGCAAUUAAAGCAAGAAAUGGACAGCCUUCAGCGUCAGAUGGAGGAACACACCCUUACCGUGCACGAAUCCAUGUCUUCAUGGACUCAGAUUGAGGGGCAGCUAAUGGACAUUACCUCUACCAGUCUUGCAACUGCAUCAGACCAGCAGGAGAUUCCUGAUGUAGAUGAAAAGAAGCAGAAUUGUGACACUAGUGACAAGGAAGCUUUGAAACAAUAACCUCCUCAGCAAUUGUCUGUCUUCCUAUUGCUUUAAGUGUGUAAAGAAAUCUUUAUCAAAGUUAUUUAUUUAUUCCAUUUUAAAUUGGUGUUCAAAGUUCUGCUUUUGCCUUUAGAAGCAAAGGGCACGGUUUUGAGAAACUGGCACAACGCUAACUGCAGAACAUGCUAUUCCAAGGGUUUGUUUGAAACGU